AUGGAAAAUUCCGCCGGAGAACGAACAGUAACGCUGUUCGGGCGAGUUUUCCCGAAAGAUGCCUUCAUCUGUCGAUUAUUUUAUCUUGCAUUUUUCGCUUCUUUUGGAUCGCUUUUCCCACUUUUGGCUGUAUAUUUCAAACAGCUGGGAAUGACGGCAGCACAGACUGGAAUGCUUCUUGGAUGUCGACCAUUAGUAGAGUUUGCGUCAGGGCCAUUUUGGAGUUCGUUCGCAAAUCGCUUCAGGAAAGAGAAGCUACUUCUUUUAUUCUCUCUCGGCUCACUUAUUGUAUUCACACUAGCUGUUGGCUUCGUACAGCCUAACACACCGUACUGUGUAGUGCUCGUGCCAGAAGCAAAUACGUCAUGCCAAAUGGUGCUGGUUCCGGCUGGCAAGGUAGUCAAAGGUGGAGCUUUGGGAAUGCUCAAAGAAGCAGUUGUUGGGGUUGGAAGGACGAGAAGACGAGCAGACGUGCAGAAUCAAUUGAUUGAAAAGAUAAUCGAUUUGAGCUCCUUUGACAAUGAAGAGGAUACGGUGGUCGGUAUUGCGCCAGAGUUCAUAACUAGGGAACAGGUUUGCAACUAUGACGAAAAUGAGUACGGCGUUUUGGUAUCUCCACCACAUUCGACACGAGUCUAUCGACAGCCAGCUGUUGAGCAGGCUUUUAUGCUUCUUCUGCUUCUCAUUGCACUUGGUGAGUUCUUUUCGUCACCAGCACUUCCACUAGCUGAUGCUGCUACGCUAAACGCCACAAAGGACAAUCCUCAAGAGUUUGGAAAAAUUCGUUUGUUUGCGUCCGUCGGAUGGGGAUUGGCUAUGUUCGUUAUGGGAAUUGGACUUGACUACUCGGAUACCUUCCGCAAUCAUCCAUGUCCAACAAGCAACACGACAGAAAAGAACUAUACGCUAUGCUUCGUGAUGUGCAGUAUAUUUAUGUGCGCGGGCAUGUUGUUAGCCACUCAGUUCAAGUUCGGUGAAGAAAUUGCUCGGCCGAAUGAAGUAGGCGGUCUAGUGAUGGACACUCGCGAAUCAGAGGUUUCACACGUGGUUGCUGAGAAAGCCAGAGCUCGGCAAGUACAGGCGGGUGGCGCUUCUGAAAGUACAUUAUGGAUGACAGUAAAAGCUCUGGCCAAUACGCACAUGAUCAUCUACAUGACAUCGGUUACGGUAAUGGGUUUCGGUGCUGGCAUCAUAUUCACAUUUCUCUACUGGCAUUUGCAGGAUCUCGGAGGUUCUCCGGUGCUGUUUGGUACUCUUUCUGUUGUAAAUCAUGCGUCAGAGAUUGCCGCAUACUUCUUUACUUUUCAAAUUAUUAACAAAUUUGGGCAUGUUCAGGUCAUGUACAUCUGCCUUGCGGCCAAUGUUGUUCGGUUUUUGAUAUUGAGUUGGCUCGACAACCCAUGGAUGGUGCUACCAUUACAAAUUAUACAAGGAUUCACAUUAGCAACAGUAUGGGCGUCCGCAUCAUCCUACAUCUCCUUAAUUGCGCCGCCGAACAUCAAAUCGUCAGCGCAAUAUAUCCUGCAGCUACUUUACCACGGUGUUGGUAAAGGUAUCGGCAGUAUCGCUAGCGGUACAAUCAUAUCUGUCAUAGGAACAAGAGCAACAUUCAUACUCUACGCUUUAAUGUGCGCAGUUAUGUGCGGUGGAGGAUUUGCACUGAAUAAAUUAUUUAAAUACGAGGGCAUCAAGUAUGGAGCUGGAAUGUUCGAGGAGGACGAAAUGGACAUGAUGGCACCACAAGGUCUUCCAAUGGCACGAGAUGGAAAGAUCACAAAUGCUUUCAACACCACUUCUGCAAUGAAUGCUAACUAUGGAUCAAUCAUGCAAGAAGACCCUACUCAAGAUGCUUACGACAAAUAUGUAAGCGGUCAGUGA